AUGGUGGAAGACCUGUUUAACCAGAUGACACGUAGAGAAGCUACGACACAGGCGUUAUUGCAGGUGAAUGGAUUUUUGCAGUCCAUGGGCAAAAGCAUUCAUGAAUUUGAUCUUGUGCCACAAGAUUACUCAUAUGCCGACCUCCAAGAUCAAACAAGAGAAAUUAGAGCGGAACAAGCUAUUGUAGUCUCUCAGGAAGAUCUUGAUGCAAUAUUAAAACUCAACAAAAGACAAAAAAUAACAUUUGAUGUAAUAAUACAGAGAGUUAAUGCAAAUGAAAGUGGCGCUUUCUUUGUUGAUGGCCCUGGUGGUACAGGGAAAACUUAUCUGUAUAGGGCUUUAUUAGCAAAGAUUAGAUCAGAAGCGCAUAUCGCGCUAGCCACGGCCACUUCAAGCAUAGCAGCAUCAAUACUCCCUGGGGGUAGAACGGCUCAUUCAAGAUUUAAAAUACCGCUUGACUUGACAGAUGGAUCGACGUGUAGAGUUAGCCAACAAAGUUCUUUGGCAACUCUUAUUAAAGACUCUAAGCUAAUCAUAUGGGAUGAGGCUCCUAUGGCAAAAAGAACUACUAUUGAGGCUUUAAAUGAUCUUCUGCAAGAUCUUAUGGACUCAAAGGAAAUUUUUGGGGGUAAAGUUGUUGUUCUUGGUGGAGAUUUUAGACAAACUCUCCCCAUAGUGCGCACAGGUACUAAAGCGGAAACUAUAGCUGCAUGUCUGACCAACUCUACAUUAUGGCCAUCACUUCACAUAUUACGCCUGGAAGAGAACAUGAGAGCUUUGUUAGAUCCUUCUUUCAGUAAAUUUCUACUCAAAAUUGGCGAUGGAACAGAAACAACACAUGACGAUGACCUAAUCAACAUUCCCGCCUCCAUGCUCAUUGACAAACACUCAGAAGAUGACUCUUUAGAUGCCCUCAUUGACUCUGUCUAUCCAAACAUUCAGUCGUUCACUAACUCACGUGCUUUAAAUCGUGCCAUAUUGACAACAAAAAAUAUAUUUGUUGAUGAGAUUAAUGACCUUUUGAUACAAAAAUUCCCUGGUGAGCCAACAGAAUAUACCAGUUUUGAUGAAACUUUAGAUCUAAAUGACCAAACUCAAUAUGAGGACUACUUGCAUUCACUUACACCAGAUGGUAUGCCACCUCAUAGACUUCUCUUGAAGCCAAACUCGCCUAUCGUCUUGUUAAGAAACUUGAAUCCUACUGAAGGCUUAUGCAACGGGACUAGAUUAAUAUGCAAAGAUUUGAGAAGAAAUGUCAUACAUGCUGAGAUUGCUUUUGGAGACUUUGCUGGCAAACAAGUUUUUAUACAUAGAAUACCUAUGCAGCCUCCAACUGAUAUUGUUCCUUUCAAACGGAUUUAG